AUGUCGACACAGCAGCUGCCGAAGCAGUCGCCUACCACCUCAGAUGCCGAAAAAUAUGCCCAGGCGAUGCGCGCCGCCGCUGUUCUGGCGGUGGUAGCCUGUCCCGUCGUCGCCCUUUUACCUCCUCGCAAACUCGACUUCUACACAGUUGGAUUAAUAGGGACAACGGUGUAUGGUGCAAAUCAUCUGACCCGGGACUACACCGGACGUUCGCUAUGGCAACACGCUACGCGACAGCAGCGCGAAUCGCCUGGGCAAGCUGUGCCGGGCAGCCUCGUGGGUCAGCUUCAAACUCAAGCUCGGGGUGCUCAGAAUGUUGAAGCACCGGUUGGCACUUUGGCCAGAAAACGGGAAGAGUGGAAGGCCGAACGGCAGAAUGAAAUCCAAGAAGAGCUUGAGGAGGGCAAAGGAUUUGGAGAUAUGAUUAUGGAUCAAAUAUGGGAGGUGUGGAACUGGGGCAAGCCGAAGCAAGACGAGCAUGAUUAG